AUGUCAAACAGUAACUUUCAACUCAGCAACGUCUUUGACGUCAAGGGCAAGGUCGCCCUGGUCACUGGUGGUGGCUCCGGAAUUGGUCUGAUGGCCACUCAAGCUCUCGCUGUUAACGGUGCUAAGGUCUACAUCGUUGGCCGUACCGAGGAGAAGCUCAAGACCGUUCAACAGACUUACGGAAAGGAAAUCCCUGGCGAGAUCAUCCCCAUUGUUGGCGACGUCACCAAGAAGAGUGAGAUUGAGAAGCUCGUCAAGGAGAUCGAGAACAGGGAGGGCUUCCUUGAUAUCCUCAUCAACAACGCCGGCAUCGACGCUGGCAAGCUCACUCCCGACGGCAAGAACGCCGAGGAGAUGAAGAAGAACCUCUUCGACGAGGACACCUUCGAGGACUGGAGCAACCUCUACACUACAAACGUUAUUGCACCUUUCUUCCUCAGCACUGCCUUCUUGCCUCUUCUCCAAAAGGCUACUGAGCGUACGCAUGGCUGGUCCAGUACCAUCAUCAACAUCUCUUCUAUCUCUGGUCUUGUUCGCAUCUCUCAAGGUCACUUCAACUACAAUGCUUCCAAGGGAGCUGUUGUUCACCUGAACAAGAUGCUCUCCUCCGAGGUCCAGAGCUCCGGCCUCAAGAUCCGUAUCAACGCCAUCGCUCCUGGUGUCUUCCCCUCCGAGAUGACUACUGGUGAGAGCAAAGACGACCAGAAGAGCGAGCUUCCCAAGGAGCACAAGGGAGACUUGCCUUCGCAGAGACCUGGCAGAGAGGAAGACAUGGCAGCGGCUAUCCUCUUUGCUGCAGCUAAUCAGUACUUGAACGGACAGAAUAUCCCUGUGGACGGUGGAUACUUGAUUCAAACUGGUACCUAA